AUGAUUCACGAGGAUCAAGUCGUCAUGGCGCAGUCUCCUCUGAGAAUGUUUGAUGAAUUUCACAACAAGAAAUUUCUCAUCAGUGGCCAAGGUCCUGUGCGUCAGAUUGCCGCGAAUUUGGGCUUCAAUAAGCACAUUGUCACGAUAGAGGAGUUCAGCACUUCACCUGUAGCACCACAAGCCGCCGCUUUGAAGUCACUCCUUGCCAGGGAUUGGGAACAACACAUAGAGGACAGCAGGAGUCAAAAAAUGGCUGCGCACAUGAGCACAACGGUCGCUUUCAUCCAUUUUUCCUCGUGCAAAAUUGUGAAUGAUGCAGACACAUUCGAUUCGACGACAUUUCAAUGCCGAGAUGGCACAUUCCAGAAGAUGGUAGCAUUGGCAAUGAACCACAACACGGCUCCCAAAAAGUCAGGGCAGAGGGGUUGA